AUGGAUGGCGAAAAAACUAUUACUUCUUUAGUUACUGCUCCAAUUACUCAAAAUAUUGCUCUAAUCCGGAUUUCUGGUCCAAAAACUUAUCCAAUUAUUGCUAAAAUUUUUGAUCGGUCUUUGCCAGAACACCCGCAAAAAAAACCACAACUAAUUUUUGGUAAAAUUGUCAACCUCCAAAAAGAAGUUAUUGACGAAGUAAUACUCCUUUGCUUUUAUAAACCUCACUCUUUUACCGGCGAGGAUGCGGUGGAAAUUAGUUGUCACGGUAAUUUGUUUAUCGUUAAUCAAAUAUUGCAAUUAGUCUUAGAAAAUGGGACAGAACUUGCCAAAGAGGGCGAAUUUACUAAGCAGGCUUUUUUUAACGGCAAGUUAAAUUUGGUCCAAGCCCAAGCCAUUAAUGACUUAAUUAAGGCUCCUAGUUUGUCGGCCGCCAAAUUGGCCCUUCACAAUUUAAGUCCAGAAGUUCAAAGAGAAUUCGAAGUAAUUGAAAGCGAGCUACUAGAUAUUAUUGCUAACGUUAAAGUAAACAUUGAUUAUCCUGAAUACGAUGGGGUAGAAUAUCUAACCGGUAAGGCAGUGCUUCCCCGUUUAAUUAAAAUAUUAAAAAAAUUAGAAGUAAUUAGGAAAAAAGGCGGGGAAAGUCGGGUCUACCAAGAAGGAUUAAAAGUUGCCAUUGUUGGAAAACCGAAUGUUGGUAAGUCUACUCUUUUAAACGCUUUACUGCAGGAAGAAAAAGCCAUUGUUUCUCCCAUUGCCGGCACCACUCGGGAUAUAGUAGAAGCCCGCCAUAAUCUAAAAGGCAUUCCUUUGACCUUAUUAGAUACUGCUGGUAUUCAUAAGACUGAAGACAUAUUAGAAAAGAUUGGAGUAGAAAGAAGUUUACAGGCUUUAGAAAAAGCCGAAGUUAUCUUUUUUUUAGUAGAUAAUUCCUUAGAUAAAGAAAAAAAAAUAAAAAUUCCUAGUUAUCUUUCCCCAGAAAAAGUAAUAAAAAUUAGUGCUAAAAAUCAGCAAUUAAGUGAACUAGAAACCAAAAUUAGUAAGUUAUUUUCCAGCGACUUAAUUAGCAAUCUACCAACUUAUCCAAUUUUAAGCCAAAGUUGGCAGCAGGCCAAGUUGACUAACCUUAUUCAGCAAUUAAAAGACAUAAUUAGCGAAUUAAAAAAAGAGACUUACUUGGAUGCGAUAUGCAGUGACUUAGAAAUCAGUUAUAAAUUAGUUAAAGAAUUAAGUGGUAAGGAAUAUAAUGAGAAUUUGUUAGAUAUAAUUUUUAAAAAAACUAACUUAAAAAACAGUAACAAAUCUCUAGAAAGAGUACUCGACAGCCUUUCUCUUGAACAAGAAAAAGGAAUUACCAUUAAGUUAAAUGCAGUUCAAUUAUACUAUCCUCCUGAAAGCCCUGAACCUUAUGUUUUUAACCUUAUAGAUACUCCUGGACACGUAGAUUUCAUGUAUGAAGUUUCUCGCUCCUUGGCAGCAUGCGAGGGAGUAAUUUUAUUGGUGGAUGCCACUAAAGGUAUUCAGGCCCAAACCCUUGCUUAUUAUGAAAUUGCCAGAAAACUCAAUUUAAAAAUUUUGCCAGUAAUUAAUAAAAUCGAUUUGCCCCAUGCUCAAUUAGAUGCCACCAAAAAUCAACUUAUUGAACUUUUGAACUGUCAAGAAAGCGAUAUCUGUCUAAUUUCAGCCAAAAGUGGAGAAAAUAUUGAUUUGUUACUUGAAAAAGUUAUUACUGUCAUUCCUUCUCCAUUAAAAAAUUAA